AUGCUUUCACUUUCAACUUCUAUCAAAGCGUGUUAUAUUCAGAGUGGCGGUGUCUGUCAGGAGACACAGUCAGGAAGUAAAGUACAUCGCCGCCGCCUGAAUGUAGUCGAUCUGUCCAGCUCUGCGUCCACGCCAAACCUGCGCACCUGUGCACAAACGCUACCACUGCCUCACAAUAUUUCCAGUGCCAGCACUACAGACAGUGAGGAGCUCAGUGAUACGGAAGACUGUGAACACCAAAACAACGCCACUAGACAGACCGGUGGGGAGGUUAGCAAUGACGAGAACGAUGUGGAUGACGAGACAAUGUCAGAACUGGGCAGUCUCUGGGAGUCAUGGUCCAGCGGGAGUGGCAGCGGUGAGGAGAGUCCACAACAGUCCAUAGUUCUUGAGACGACGGAUCAGUGCAGUCUGGUGAUAAUAGAUCUGCCGACGAGAGAGGAUGAUUCCCCACAGCCGGGGCCCCGCGGGGAGUGACAAGUUUGAAAAGAUUCCAAUUUGAAAAGAAUAAAUGUCUUUCAAGUU